AAAUAUGAGUCAUCAUUAAAUACAGGAGAGGUGCCAGAAGACUGGAAGGUGACAAAUGUCGUACUUCUUUUCAAGAAGGGCUGCAGGGAAAAUGCUGGGAACUUUAGGCCGGUGAGCUUAACAUCUGUAGUUGGUAAGUUACUGGAGAGUAUUCUGAGGGAUAAGAUACAGGCACUUGGAUGAGCAAGGGCUGAUUAAGGAUAGUCAGCAUGGUUUUGUGCAUGGGAGGUCGUGACCAAAAAGGGUGUUGAGGGCAGAGCUGCAGAUAUUGUUUACAUGGACUUCAGUAAGCCGUUCGACAAGGUUCCGCAUGGUAGGUUGCUCUGGAAGGUUAGAUCGCAUGGGAUCCAAGGAGAGAUAGCUGAAUGGAUAGCAAAUUGGCUCCAUGCAGGCGGUGAUGCUGGAAGGUUGCUUCUCAGACUAGAUGCCUGUGACGUGGUGUGCCUCAGGGUUUGGUGCUGGGCCCGUUACUAUUUGUCAUCUACAUCAAUGAUUUGGAUGAGAACAUACUGGGCAAGAUUAGCAAGUUUGCUAAUGAUACAAAAGUUAGUGGUUUUGCAGAUAGUGACAAUGGUUGUGAACGAUUGCAGCAGGAUCUGGAUCGAUUGGCCAGGUGAGUGUGUGAGAAGUGUGAGCAUUUUGGGACGUCAAACAAGGGCAGGACCUACACAGUAAAUGGUGGGCCUCUGGGUAGCAAGGGCAGGACUACACAGCAAAUGGUAGGCCUCUGGGUAGUGUGGUAGAGCAGAGCGAUCUAGGAGUACAGGUGCAUGGUUCCUUGAAGGUCGAGUUGCAGGUAGAUAAGGUGGUCAUAAAGACUUUUGGCACUUUGGCCUUCAUCAGUCAGAGUAUUGCGUAUAGAAGUUGGGAGGUCAUGUUGCAGUUGUAUAAGAUGUUGGUGAGACCAAAUAUAGAAUAUUGUGUUCAAUUCUGGGCACCAUGUUAUAGGAAAGAUAUUGUCAAUUAUGAAAGGGUUCAGAAAAGAUUUAUGAGGAAUAUGGCAGGACUAGAGGGUGUGAGCUAUCGGGAGAGGUUGAGUAUCCAUUCCAUGGAGCGCAGGAGGAUGAGGGGAGAUCUUAUAGAGGUAUACAAAAUCGUGAGAGGAAUAGAUCAGGUCUUUUUUGCCCAGGGAAAUCGAGGACCAGGGGACAUAGGUUCAAGGUGAAGGGGAAAAGAUUUAAUAGGAAUCCAAGGGGUAACUUUUUCACACAAAGGGUGGUGGGUGUAUGGAACAAGCUGCCAGAUGAGGUAGUUGAGGCUGGGACUAUCACAACAUUUAAUAAACAGUUAGACAGGUACAUGGAUAUGACAGGCUUGGAGGGAUAUGGACCAAGCGCAGGCAAGUGGGACUAGUGUAGCUGGGACAUUGUUGGCCGGUGUGGGCGAGUUGGGCCGAAGGGCCUGUUUCCACACUGUAUCACUCUAUGACUCUAUCUCUUGUUGCCCUUAUCCCCAACAAGUCUGAAGAAGGGUCUUGACCCGAAACAUCACCCAUUCCUUCUCUCCAGAAAUGCUGCCUGAGUUACUCCAGCUUUUUGUGUCUAUCAUUGGCAAAAGGUUGGCAUCCUCAGUGACUCCGCUCAUGCUCAAAUUGCCAAGAAACAUCUGGGAUGGUAGAGAACUUUGAAUCUCUCCAUGAGAGAUUUUAGAUGCCAAGUGUAAAUAGCAGCAAGAGAAUUAAUUAAUCUAAUCAACCCUCUCUCCUGUCCUGUCAAGUUCCAGUUGCACCUCCUUCAACAGUAUCUGUAGAUCUCACAAUGUUCAUUAGUCACCCCAGAUCCCAAAAGAUCUGCAAUGGAAGCAAAUCAUCUAACCCCAAGGAUAUUCACCAAGAAAGAAAUCACCAUAACAGAUCAUCUAUAUAUCUGCCAUGUAAACUGGUUGCAGCAUAUUCCACAUUAGAACAAAUGUGAUUAGUCUGCAAACGUAUGAAUGUUUUAGGAUGAUCUGAGGGUGUAAAAAGUACAUUAUAAUUGCAAGUGUCCCUUAUUUAGUCCAAAGAAACAGCAAACUGAAGAGGCAUUGAUGGAUUAGCGUGGAUUCGUGGAUUAGCCUUUGGUUUAUUGCAUCUCAAUGAUCUUCAUUUCAAUGUUUCUUCCACACUCAAAACACGUGGGUAUGUAUGUACACACUGAAAGCAAAGGUGACAGCUUGCCAUGCAGUUAGGAAGGAGGAUGGUUGUUGGACCUAUGCUGUCUGGAACAUCCCAGUACAGUGCAGCAGAGUAUUUUUCUUGAACAAAAUUUCUCCUGAAGCCUGUAUUUGUCUAUUAAAGGUAUCAGUUAAACAUUAAGCCUAAUAGAAUUUUUUUUUUUGCAUAUUUCAGAGCACCUGACGAGUGCACUUUACAGACAAAUAAAAAAUUUCCAUAAUGAUAACGUAACAAUUUAUACUGAAAUAGUAUUUCCAAACAAAGUCACAUAAGACAUUUCCCGUGUGUGCGUGUGUUUAUUUUAAAGAAACGUGUCGUUUACUUUCGAUUCUUAAUUUAUAUUGGUAGUUUUAGAAAGUGCACCUUAAGUUGCAUCAAAGUUUUCAAACAGUAGAGGAUUUAUUUCAACUGAAGCGGUCACUUUAAAGUAAAAAUCCCAGCAACUAUUAGCAAAAGUUCAUGCAAACGCCCGGCUCUGGUGGCGAGUCUGUGUGAGGCCUACGGUGCUCUUCCAAUCCCCGGUGUUUCCUGCUUCCCGCCGGCGCUCUCACCUGAGCUCGGGCGCGUUGAUCAUUUUCCUCAUGUCGGCGGCGAAGGAAGCGAGGUUCCCCCAGAGGCAAGCGGGCUGAGGCGGCCCGGCCAUGGCUACGGCACCGCCUUUGCCGAGCGGAGACCAGGGGAAAUGAAAUGGAAACGGAUCAAUACACUGAUCACCAUGACAACCAAGCAGAUGCCUUUAUCACAAGAGACAUUAGCUCAGUUCAAUCAAGCUCUAUCUGGAGAUGGGUUGGGACCACGCCCUCGUGCAAGAUCCAUUUCCACCCGCAGAAGUUCUCAAUCGAUGGAUAUUCACACUGGCAAACAUCAUCCACAUCUGAAGAACAUGGAUGGAAGACCACAUAUGCCAUCCCGAAGGAGUUCCAUUUUAAGCUCUAUGAAUGUGCCGUUUUCUCGCAGAGGCUCUGUGAUGCUGGGCAAAAGGCAUUCCAUGAGUUGGAUGACCUGUGGUCAGGUCAGUUUCUCUGGAUUGCCUCUGUACCAACCCAUCAGAGAAGUAAGGUAUGAAAACACUUACAAAGCUCAGCCAGAUGAAGGGAGCAAGUUUGAUGCCGACAAAAUCCAAAAGGUUUUGGAGGCCACACUUGCAAGCUACCUGGCUGACAACAAGUACAAUCCUGUAACAUCUGUGCAGCUAGUGCAGAGUUUGACAGACCUCAUCAGGUUGAAGGUGAAGGAUAUCAAUGCCCCUCGAUACAAGCUGGUAUGCAAUGUGGUAUUGGGCCAGCUAAAUGAUCAGGGAAUGCAAAUUGUCAGUCGCUGUCUGUGGGACACAACCACUGACAAUUAUGCCACGGCCACUUACAAAAACUCUUCACUUUUUGCUGUUGCAACUGUGUAUGGGUUAUAUUUUGAAUAACUAACAUACCUGAACAGACAAUCCUGCUGUUAUAUUUUAAUUUUUUUUCCUACAUGUGACGAAAAGCAAAGUACCUGGAAAAAGGAUUGCUAGAAUUUCUCAAUCACCAAACACAUGAAAUUUUCAGCGGUUGCUAAAUAUACAUGUAGGUUUACCAGAACGUCAGACUAGACUUGAACAGUGAAAUUAUUAGCAAAGAUCACAAACUGAUUUGUAGUUGUUGAAAUUUGAAAAAUUAGUGAGAUUUGAUUGAAGCUUCCAAAAUUUUGGUUCCACAGAUUGUCAAAAACUAUUUCUGAAGAAGAAUCCCGACCCAAAACGUUGCUUAUCCAAUGUCUCCAGAG